UGUUUUUUUCCUUUUACAAAUCUUUUUUUUUCCUCGAAGAGUUUGUAGUGGAAGAGCAUUGCAUUCCUCCGCACCUUUACCUGUCUUCCAUCUCCUCUUGUCUCUCUCCCUGAACACAAACAAAGCAUCCCUCAUUUUCUCUCGUUUUCCCUCGUUUUCUCGCGUUUUCCCUCGCUCCCUCGCAAUCGCUUUAAUGGGUCUCUAGAUUUUCUUUCGUAUUGAUCUUCUCUGCAAAAAAGGAUCCGAUUUUGUCUGUUAGAUUUCUUCUGGGGAAGAACCACCACGCGAAGAGGGGAAAGAUUUGAACUUCUUCGUAUAUUCAGAGAGACCCAGUUAUCAAAACUAGCAAUUUCCCCCCCAGAAUCUGUUUUUGUUCUCAGCAAAAGCUGGAUGAAAGGCAAUCAGAAAGAUUCGUCGGAGAAAUCCAUAUGGGACCGGAGCUCGUCGGGUGCAUCCUUACCCGGAAUCGGGUCCGCGACCCGACCCAUUCCCAAGCUCAUGGUGUGGCUCAUCCUCUUCAUCUCCGUCACUUACAUUCUGUACACUCUUAAGGUUAUCUCCACCACUCGCCCAUGCGUCGAUCCGACUCCGUUUUCCACCGUCUCCGCCGUCUCCGCCAACGCCUCCGGCGACCUGAUCCGACCCAUGAAACAAUCUCCCCCUUCCUCCGCUUCCUCCGCUGUCGCUCUACGGCGGCGCGAGUGGGAAGAAUCCGGCGACGAGCCCACCGACCUCCACCACGUGGUGUUCGGUAUCGCUGCGUCGUCGAAGCUGUGGAAACAGAGGAAGGAGUAUAUCAAGAUCUGGUACAAGCCCAAGUUCAUGCGAGGGUACGUGUGGCUCGACAAGGAGGUGAGGGCCGACGCGGGAGAUAAAGGCGAUCUCCCUCCGGUGAAAAUCUCCGGUGACACCUCGUCUUUCCCGUACAAGAACAAGCAGGGACAUCGGUCGGCACUUCGGAUCUCGCGGAUCGUGUCGGAGACUCUUCGGCUGGGACCGAAGAACGUGAGGUGGUUCGUGAUGGGAGACGACGACACGGUGUUCGUCACCGACAACCUGAUUAGGGUUCUGAGGAAGUACGACCACGAACAGAUGUAUUACAUCGGGAGCUUGUCGGAGUCUCAUCUCCAGAACAUAUUCUUCUCGUACGGAAUGGCGUACGGAGGCGGAGGGUUCGCGAUAAGUUAUCCAUUGGCGAAGGCUCUGAGCAAGAUGCAGGACCGUUGCAUACAGAGGUAUCCGGCGCUGUACGGAUCCGAUGAUCGUAUGCAAGCUUGCAUGGCGGAGCUGGGCGUUCCUCUCACCAAAGAAAUCGGCUUCCACCAGUACGAUGUUUACGGGAACCUCUUCGGCCUCCUGGCCGCCCACCCGGUCACACCAUUCGUGUCGAUGCACCACCUGGACGUGGUCGAGCCGAUAUUCCCGAACACGACCCGAGUCAAAGCCCUCAAGCGACUCACAAUCCCGAUGCAGCUCGACUCAGCGGGACUUCUCCAGCAGUCGAUAUGCUACGACAAGUACAAGAGCUGGACGAUCUCCGUCUCGUGGGGAUACGCCGUUCAGGUCUUUCGGGGCAUAUUCUCUCCCCGAGAGAUGGAAAUGCCGUCGAGAACGUUCUUGAACUGGUACAAACGUGCUGAUUACACGGCCUAUGCCUUCAACACUAGGCCGGUCAGCCGGCAUCCGUGCCAGAAACCGUUUGUUUUCUACAUGUCGGGGGCGAAAUUCGAUCGGCAGCUGAACACGACUGUCAGCGAGUACUCGAGGCUCCGGGUCCCGCAUCCGGCUUGCCGGUGGAAGAUGGCGGAUCCGGCGGAGGUAAACACUAUUGUCGUCUACAAGAAACAAGAUCCUCAUCUUUGGGAGAGGUCACCAAGGAGGAAUUGUUGCAGAGUGUUACAAACGAAGAGGAACAACACGUUAUGGAUCAAUGUGGGUAUAUGUAGAGAAGGUGAGGUCACUGAGGUUAAUUGAUUUUAUGUUUCAUUUUUUUGUAAUGAUUUUUAUUUUAAAGGGGGGAAAUCGAGUUUUUAGUCUCUUUAUAUACAUUUUUACUCAAUUAUUUUUUUACCGUCUAGCUAUGUUUUAUAUUCGUCGAGUACCUAAUUCUUCAUUGGAUUUGUUUAUUCGCAUUUUACAAAAUUUUAAUUAUGGUAGAAGCACUGUUGGUUGUAA